AUGGCCUGCUGCGACCCGACCUACGGACUGCUGAUCGUGCUUGCCAGCAGGGUCUACUCCUCGACCUCAUCGAUGUUCGACGCGCAGGCAUGGCUGGUGCUUUGCAGCCUGGCCAUCGUUGUAACGCUCCUGGGCGCUUUGUGUUCCGCAGCGAUCACGUGGAUCUUCAAGGUGGAUGAGUUUUCCUCCAUGCGGCUCUCGCGUUCAGUGAACGAUGCCUGCAGCCAAAUGGUGACACGCAGGCGGGUUGAAUUUGGUGAGAUGCUGUCGCGUGUCCAGAAGGCUGGCAGCGACGCUUGCUUGGUGGAGGACACUGAACUCAGCAACCUGGAAGACAUCCCGCUGGACGAGGACGAGGACGAGGAGGACUUCAAGAGCUCUCUGGUCCCGACCCCCCGGUGCAAGUACGCCUCUAUGCCCUCUGACGAGGAAGCUGUCUUGGAGGUGGAGUCAGAGCGACAGUUGCAGUUGAACCCCGGGGCUAUCUCCAGUGCCAUUUGCGUGUCUGUUCUCAUCUACGACGUCCUUGGCUUUGUCGUCUGCUUCCAGUGGGGAAUGCUCGUUGUGCGGGGCUACUCCGUCGCCUUUGGCAGCCUGGCCAUGAGGCACUGGGCGUUGUAUGCUGUGUCGUGCAUCGUCUACGCAUCGGCAGUGACUGUUGGAACUACUCGCCUGGUGAUGGUUUGCUUCGCUUCCCCAGAAGAGCAGGCAUCCAACGAGGCCUACGACGAAGUUCAGGAGGAGGAUCGGAGAGAACGAUGCUGCAGGUUUCUCGGGAAGCUGGGUCUGCGACACUGGUGGGUCGCGAUUGACAGAGAAAACUCCUGCCAGGAGCUUUGCCAAACACUCACGGAGGCUGAAGCCAAGUGA